GGGUCAAAAGCUCAGCCCGGGAGAUCAAUAUUCUUUCAACACCGCCACCACCCCCGCACUGAGCCAUGAGAACAACACUUCCCCCAAAGCAGGAGUUUGGCCGGUCUCAUGCGCAAUCAAGCCAGGAAGGCGAGAGAAGAAGCGAUGAUGUCUGUGCAUAGUUUUACAUUUGUUACACUGCUAGCAUUGUUAACGUGUUCCUCAGCGUAUAGGUCAGCUGUUCCAAAGCCUGACAAACUCUUCAGCAGGCCUGUGCGAAGCGAAAGAGAGGCCACUCGGCAACAGCUCAACAUAUCAGCCCUUAACACAGCGCUGGCCUUUGAACCAUACCGUGACCUGGCCACCAGGACCACUGCUGAGCCCGGUACCCAGCAGCAGCAACAGCAGCACAACAUCUUGUUCUCACCCUUGGGCCUGGCGUCAGCUCUGGCUCUGCUGUGCCAAGUCUCUGGGUCCGAGAGUCGGAGCCAGGCCCUGGAGGCCCUGGGGGUGGCAGCCAACUCUACAGAGCAGAGCGUGGAGGUCACCAUAGCUGCUCUUGCAGAUCUGCUGCGUAGCCUCACCCUCCUGGAGGGCGGGGGCAGAGGUGGGGUCCAGAAAGCACCGUCUGCGGGUGGAGCUGGGACAGAUGCUAGGAUUGGUGGGGCCACGGCAGGGGUGGGAAAAGGAGGAGAGAAUGCCGGGGAGAGAAGUGAUGACGCAGAGGGUAGGAAAGGGACUAAGAAUGGAGUUAAUGCUGGUCACCUAAGAGUGUGGAGCAGCCUGCAUGCUGAUGGAAAACCCUCACUUGACUAUGAGAGCUUUUUGUCCAGGCCACAGCUCACUGAGCCCCCUGUCUUCAACAUCAGUUCUGAGACGUUAAAAGAGUUGCAAACCUCCGGCAAACUUAUAGUCAACAAUUACGUAUAUUUCAAAGGUCUUCUGCCAUUUGAGCUCCGCCACACGGUGCUACGGCGCUUCCAGCUGAAUGCUACGGCUAACGCGGAAGUCAUCACGAUGUUCAAGGAUGACUCUUCUGAAGUGAUGAUGCUGUACGACACCAACUGCUCAGCCACAGUGGUGCGGCUUGCACAUUCAGAACGUCUGGCCUCUCUCCUCCUGCUUCCCAAAGCUGAGCUGCAGCCGCUGGAGGACUGCCUCUCAGACAGCCGCAUGAGCUUUUGGCUCAACAACCUGAAGCCGGGGCGGGCAGAAAUCCGUUUCCCCAAGUUUCGGCUGAGGAAAUCCUACAGUUUAGAGAGCCUCCUGAGGAAGGCUGGAGUCUUGACUGCUUUCUCCCGCUCAGCCGACUUCUCUGGAACAUCACAGAAGAUGCUCAAACUUACCAAGACUCAUCAUGAGGUUAUGCUGGAGGUGGAAGAGACCAAGUCCGAAGAUAGGGGGAGACCUGGCAUCAUGCUCGACUUCUCUGUCCCUCCAAGAAUAACCUUUGACAGACCAUUCAUGAUUCUAAUCUAUGAUGAUCUCACAGGGCUCGUCCUCUUCAUCGGGAGAAUUAUUGAUCCCACAGAUGUCUAGAGCAAACAUCAAACUCAUCCCUUUCUUUUUCUCAUCUGCAGAAUGUGCCAACUUUGGCUGGAAUUUGUCCCAAUAGUAUAGCAUAUAAUUUGUGCAGAACAAAAAUAAUGCAUUCCCAGCAGUUUCACUGAAAUGUAAGAGUGUGCUUUUGUUUUUCAAACAUUACGGGAUGAUUUAUAGUUUAUUCCUUCGUUUUCAUAAAAUGAUGAAAAGACAUUCAAAUGGCAGUAAUUUAUCCCCUGACUGCACCUCUGCUAUUCUUGCAAAAACAUAAAACGCUUUUCUUCCAUUA